GUUCACUCCCGAGCUGCCUCUGUCAAUCUGAUCUCCGCCCUCAGCACUUCACUGACCAACGACCGGGGUUCAGUCGGUGCGAGGAGUCGCCGCGAUGGAGAGUUGGAACGGACCGGCAUCACUCCUUUUCACCGUGUUGUCUCUCUGCUCUGGGCCGGGAAGCCAGGCAGGCUCCCACAGCUUGAUAUAUUUCUACCUCCAUUCCAUCAGCAUUCCUGACCUGCGGGACAUCUCCAGGGUCGGCAUGUUGGACGACCUGCAGAUAGACUACUACGACAACACCCUCCAGAAGAUAGAAGCCAGGCAGCAGUGGGUCGCGGACGGUUUUACGGCUGACUACUGGAACCAUCAGAAAGAAAUCACAGACAGGAUUCAUCAGUUCCUCUCUGUAUAUCUGAAACCAUUCACCCCACUCAUCAGUGCGUGCCUUUGAUCUCCACUGCCCUUUGAGGCUCACCGUGACUUGCACAACAUGUCAACCAGCCAAAGGAUCCUAUUAAGCGGCAUCAGUUUUAAAGUCCCUAUCCCUGCUUUCAAAUCCCUCUACCUUCCUUACCAAAAACUUACCCCCGAUUAAAAGCAUUCUUUCCCAGAA